AUGGUUGCCAAGGGUGCUGGCCUGGUGAACGGGGAGAACUGGGCCGCGCGCUGCGAGCCGGUCAAGGAGAGGCAGCCGCCGAACCAUGAGACGCAGCCCAGAAGCUGCCCCAUCAGCCACAUCCGCGAGCGCGCGGAGGGGGACCACCAGCUUUCACGGGUCCGCGGCGGCUUGAUGCCCAUGAGCUAUCCGGUGAACCCCGAGCGCGAGUGCAAGACCGUUGGAAUGGGACGGACAGAGGAGCCGAUGUUCCGAACGCGCAGCCAGCUUUUGGAGACGAGGAAGGAGCUGAUGAAACGGGACAACGAGGACCUCAGGGCCAUGGGCGAUGUGUACUACGUGCCCCUGUCCAUCCGCAACGGAGAGCAAGACGUGGUGGAGCAUAACUUCAGGGAGGCCAAGGGCGACCCGCAGACUCUCACGAAGCUCAAGGACCAGCGAAGAAAGGACAAGAUUGAGUACGACAUGAACCACUUCAGCUUCCCGCGAGCUUUCCCUCGCGCGUAUCCAAAGUUCUCAGAUCAUCCAGACAUACCUUUCUGGGUGUCGGAUCAAGACAGCGCUCGGGUGGGCUCGAGUGCGCCACGGGCAAUGCCGAGGACGGCGAGCGAGCCCACCUUCAAAGUCACGGAGGUGCCCUACGGAGAAGAGCCCAGCCAAAGCUACGAGACCCUCCCAGACUCGGCGAAGCAUCUGGCAGCCGGCAAGCUGACGAACAAGCAGGUGGCGAUCGGCAGCAAGACGGUGAAGCGCUGGUCCACCGACAUGCUGGAGAGGGGUCAGGCGCGGAACCAGCCGCGGCUUUUCGACAACAUCCAGGCCGUUCGGAUUGGUCCGAAAGACCUGGAGCACCUGGACUUGACGUCCUCCCUGGAGCCGGUGCGCAACGCCGCGCUGCGGCGCCAGGCCGAGGAGCGGAAGCGGAUGGCUUCAAUGCCGAAGCGCAGCCGGCUCUACGCGGAUCCGAACGAGGAGCCACCACAGAUGUCUUCACAAGGUGGUCGCGGUGGGUCCUUCAUGGAGUCCUCCGACGGCUCCCCGCCCCGCCUGGACCGAACCGUCAAGAGCAAGGAGACCCGCCCAUGUCUGCGACCUCUGCCGCCACGAGGAGUUGCCGGUCCGGCGGCCCGAGCCGGUGAAGCCGCCGAUCCUGCUGGACGCGCCGAAGGAGCCCAGGCCCGAAACGAGACGACCUUUGGCACCAUCAACAUGACCAGACCGCUGCAGGCGGGUCCGACCGGGGUCCGCAGCGGCGGCUUCCAGAACUUGGACAGCUCGUUUGCCGGCCCCAGCUUUCAGAGCUCGAGGAUGAGGUUGGCUUGCUCGACGUGUGGCGGGCAUCGCGCUGCCGCGUUUGGGCUCGCAGCCACAACUCUUGAGACCGGGCUGAAGAAAAGCGGAGCCAUGCGCAGCUCGCGACUCUUGUGCCUUUGCCCGGCCCACAGCACCACCGUGUCUGGCUUGGCCUUGGGCGCCUACCUGAGCCUGAACCUGUCAGGACUCCUGGGCUUUCUGUCACCACGCGCACAGGCUGCGACUGCCGCAACUGUGGUGCUCGGAGGUGCUGCGCCAGCUCUGGCCCAGCAGAGCCUGGAGGAGACCUUGAACGACGCGCAGCUGGCAUGCAGCGGGGAGAUCCAAAAGCGAACGGAUCGAUCCAGUGGCCAGAACUCCGGGCUGUUCCUUGGGCUCUCCAUCGUGGUGACCAUCGGCCUGCUGCUGGUGCCGCGAGGGCCUGGCCGGUAUUUGGUGGUCUACGAGACCCAGGGCUUCGUCCACCAGAAGCGGACGGCGACGCGCCAUCUCCGGGGCCAGAGGAACGUCGUGCCGCCGCCGGUGAAGUUCUGGGACCAGGCCAAUCCUCAUGAAGGGUCCUCCUUCCGCGACGAGCUGGGCAUGAAGGAGGCGCUGCAGAAGAUGCUGGAGGAGCUGCCGCGUCUGGUGUACCCCGGGCAGCCUUUGCAGCUCUGCCGCUGCGGAGAAACGCCCCGCGAGAUGGUCCGGCUCUACACAGAGGCCUGCUCGGAGGUGGACCUAGAUGAGGCCUGGUGCAAGGUCUUGUGGGUGGUGCAGCACAUCACCACACACCACCUGCGGGACAUGGCCCAGAACCAGUUCAGUGGACUUGCUGCUCGCUGGUUCGCGGACUUUCUGGAGGAGACUUUGAGGUACUCUGUGAACACUGGCGCCUAUGGUUUCGGAAGAGACGACGUUGUGCAACUUGGGCGACUCGCUCAGGAGGCAUGUCGUUCUUUCCACUCCUGA